UCACGCAACAAUUUCAUGCAGGCCACAAACUUCUAUCUAUUCAAUUUGGCCAUAUCGGAUCUGAUACUUCUAUGCUCGGGCAUGCCACAGGAUCUGUAUAAUCUGUGGCAGCCCAACAACUAUCCCUUCUCGGACAGCAUUUGUAUAUUGGAGAGUGUGCUCUCCGAGACGGCAGCCAAUGCCACCGUCCUCACCAUCACCUCCUUCACCGUGGAGCGUUAUAUUGCCAUCUGUCAUCCGUUCAGGCAACACACUAUGUCGAAGCUGUCGCGUGCCAUAAAAUUCAUCUUUGCCAUUUGGAUUGCCGCCCUCCUCUUGGUGCCACAGGCCAUUCAAUUCUCGGUCGUGACACAAGACGCUAGUUCAUCGUGUACGAUGAAUAAUGACUUUUUUGCACAUGUGUUCGCUGUUUCGGGCUUGUUUUUUGGCGGACCGAUGACUGCCAUCUGUGUACUCUACGUGCUGAUUGGAAUAAAACUGAAGCGGAGUCGAUUGCUGCAGGCGUUGCCAAGGCGAUCCUUCGAUGUGAACCGUGGCAUCAGCGCCCAAACGCGUGUUAUACGGAUGUUGGUGGCUGUGGCUGUUGCCUUCUUCAUUUGCUGGGCGCCCUUUCAUGCCCAGCGCUUGAUGGCGGUUUAUGGGUCAACCUCUGGCAUCGAGUCACAGUGGUUCAACGAUGUCUUCAACAUAUUGAACUAUACAUCCGGCGUGCUCUACUUUCUCUCCACGUGCAUCAAUCCCCUGUUAUAUAACAUUAUGAGCCAUAAGUUUCGCGAGGCCUUCAAGGUCACAUUGGCGCGACAGUUCCGUCUGUCGGGGAAGCAUCAGGGUCAGGGAUUACCGCACACCUACAGCGCCCUGCGACGCAAUCAGACGGGUUCAAUGCGCCUGCAUACGGACAGCGUACGUACGACCACCACGUUGACCACCUUAAAUGGCAGCAGCAUCAAUGGAGCAGCAGGUGGCAACACAGUUGGCGGUGGGGCACGCGGCUCUCAGCGCUUGCAACAUGGCAGCUCGCAUGCCACAUUGCUGAGUACACAGAGUCGCAGUCGACAAGAUUUGUUUGCAACACGUGCCACCGGAGUUGAGGCAGCCAUAGUGGCAGCCACAGCUGUGGCACAUCCGUACUCGCAUCCACAUCCGCUUCCUCAGCCACAUCGAACACUGCAAACACAAAUAUCGCAAUUAUCGUCAGUGGGAGAUGCCCACUCACUGUUGGAGGCGGAAUUGCAGUGGCCAGAGGAACAACACGAACUCCCCACUCGCCAUAAAUGCCAACAUCCUGCGAGUCUGUCUCAGCCAGCAAUGGGAGCCAUUGAUGAGCUGAGCUGUCAGUCAAGUGAUGGCUUUGAUGCUGCUGGCCUCUCUGGUCUCUCCCGAUCACGUCUCAAGUUGACGCGCAUCACGAGGCAGUCAGAGCCACAGACAAGUGGAGCACUUGCCGGCGAGGAAGGGGCAGCCACUGUGGCAGCAACGGCGAGGGGCGCCACAGGCAGUGGGAAAGUGCGUAAGGCAAAGACCAAAACGCUCAAGACAUCGACUACGCUGAAAGGUCUAAGAGCCAAAUUGAAUUGGCGUAGCCGGCACAAAGACGAUGCCAAUGGAGCCAUAGACCGUGGUGUUAAUGUUGGCCAAAAGCCGCCAUCAAGUGCGUUAUCUACAGAACGUGCCCUUUAUUGAAAGCACUUCAAGUUGGUCAAUUCCAGAGUUCGGAAUCUAGGGAAAUGGGGUGGGGGGACAGGUACAUAACUGUGAUAAGAGCAGCAGAAGCAUCUCGGCUGGUUCCAGCGCAAGCAAAAAUAACAAUUCCAAGUUGUGGUCAAUUAAUAUAGCCGCUUCUAUUCCUAGCAUAUAUUUAGUCAUAAAUUUUCCUGCAUGUACUCUUAAUGUUAUUACUGAGCUGCUAGAAUAUAUAUCUUGAAUAAAGCAGACUUAUUUCACUUGA